UCCCAUUCCACUUCUUGUUAUGGGUUGAACUUGCUCAAGGUUUCGAAGCUCAUAUCAAAUAAGUUUCCAAAUGAAAGUGCUUAGGUCUGCUGCUUUGGACAUUUUAUAAAGUAAGAAUUAAUUUGGAUUUGACACAAAAUCUUGAGAAAUGAAGGUCAGUGAAGAUGUUGACAUAAAUUAUGUUUCAUUCAACAUGUUCAAUAAAGAAUCAUGCACAUACGUUUAAACAUACUUCAUGUUGGCAACUGGUUUCGAGACACUGCUUAUCCUCAUAUUCAAGAACACAUUAUGAAACAUUAGGACUGCAGAAACAAGCCAGUGGAAAGGAAAUCAGAGCUGCAUACAUUCAGUUAUGCAAAAAGUAUCACCCAGAUGCAAAUCCAGGUGACCCGCAAUCGCAGCAAAACUUUGUGCAACUUCAGGAAGCUUACAGUAUACUUACUGAUCCCAAGAAAAGAGCAGAUUAUGAUGUCCAGUUAAAUAGAAAUAAUUUCAGGACAAACCGAACAGAAUACACUCGAAGUACAGGGUAUCGUUCAGAAGAUGAUUUUGUACAGAGUUACUACCAACAGCGAGCUAGACAACAGAGAACAGGCGAUAUGUACAAUGAUUUAUACGAUGAAAUGAUAAGAAAAAGCGAAGAAGCAAGACGAAAGGCAUAUGGUGAAUAUUACAGAGACCAAAACAGUAAACAGAAAGCAUAUGAGGACUUCUACAAAAACCAGGAAAGAAGGCGGAGAGAAUUUGAGAACAUAUAUAAAGAAUAUUAUCAGUAUCAAUCGCCCGGGUACAUGCGAGGCAACCCACGGAGUGAUUAUAGUAGAAAACAACAGUACCACCCUCACCCUUAUACCUCACCAUUCGGGAAUUUUCUCUUCACGUUUAUAUGGCUCUAUAUUGCUAUCAAAAUAUUGAUGUCAUUAGUAUGGAGUAAUGGUCACUCAGAAAGAGACAGAUAACAUAAAGGGCAAUUUUCAGUUCCAGUUGUAUGGAAUUUAACAGACUCGAAAGGACAUCAUGAAAUAGAUAUUUUGUUCUGUUGUUAUUUGAUAUUGAUAUAUAUAUAUAUAUAUUUUGAAUGUCUGAUUAAAUUUCUAUUAAGUAUG